AUGGAUGAGUUGAAGAAGUCGUUGGUGAAGCUCGUCCGCGAUAAAUACGCGUCAGCCAGACCUGCUGCAGCGACUGAACCUGAUCAGUCUUUCUCCGGUAGCAAUGUGCCGGAGAAGGAGUCUCAGGUGGUCGAUAAGACUGACCUCAAGUCUCCGAUCCACACAACACUAGGUGAUUUCGAAUCGUUCAGGAGCUGGGCAUCGACACCUAAAUUCAAGAAGAUCUUGGAAACAUGGGACAAAGAAGCAAGCAGAUAUACGAUAGCAGAGCCGGUAGCGACUAGCAGUGAUUCCGACGACUAUGCUGAAUAUGCAUUUGUUGUGCGCGAACGUGUUGAACGGAAUUCUGAAGAGAUAAGGGCGUACAUAGACGUCAAAUCGGAAAGUCUGCGCGAUAUUUUGCGGGUGGUACUGCACGGCAUCAACGCUAUUAGCUUGAUGGAAGACAAGCCAUCGAUCGAGCAAAACCAUCUCUUUCAUUUCCUUCCAGAGUUGGAAAAGUACGCACACAAUAUCAACAACAGGACAGAAUGCAAAUUUUCAUAUCCGCAACUCUGUUUGCUCAUCGACCACAUCAAGCAGACAUAUACUUCUGUUUCGCAGCGACUCAAUUCGAUGUUGCCGCACGGCCAUAUUACUUAUGACCUUCUUUGGGCUCUUUUCAAACCUGGCUGCCCGGUUUAUACCACAUGUCUUGGCACAAAGGAGCCUCGUUGUGUCAUAUUUGAUGCGGGGGAAGAGAGAACACACGAGGAUGAAACAUGGUUCAAUCUCGAAUGCUGGUUCCUCGAUUAUAAUGGGGUGAGAUUUGGUGUGGCUGGAAUCUUUCCGCGGGUGCGAAAGUUCCGAGGAUCAAAGCCAAUUGAGACCCUGGAAGCCUUCCCCUUAUGCCAUCAUCCCAGCCACAAGCAAAUGAGGGACACAUUAGUCAAGAGAGGCCAAAAGUUUCGAGAUCUGGCCGGCAGGCACAUUCGAGACUGUAAAGGCAGCGCGUUCUUUCUGAACAAAGGGAAAGCCAUCAGAGUCAAUAUCAACAGUCGAGUGGGCGUGGACGCUAAAUUUUUUCAUGAAAUGCAGCCAAAUUACUCCAGGCCGUCUCUCCGUGCUACAGCGGUUAAGGAAAUAGACGGCCUCCCUAACUUUGAUCCAGUUGCCGAUUUCUUGGAGAGACAAGAGCGAGAAAAGGAGAGGAUGCGGGGAGAGGAAGUAGAUGGGCAAUUACUGAGCGAAACUGAUCUCUUGGUCGCAUGCCCAACAGUAUGCUGCUUCAGUUUCAUGGAGAAAAUGUUUUUGGAGUGUGCAGUCAGCGGACUAAGCGACAGAAAAAAGGGGAUGGUCUCAUCGCUCAUUCAAAGCUGCCUUGGUCUGAUACCGACCAUGCCGUUUGACGAUAUGGUGAAUGGGAAAGGCCAGGGGCUCAAUAUCCUCCUCAAUGGGUCCCCGGGCGUUGGAAAGACUUUCACCGUCGAGGCAGCCUCAGAGCGUUUCAAGAAACCCCUCUAUUCGAUAUCUGCGGGUGAACUUGUGGUCGACCAUGGCGACGCUCAUGCGCUUGAAUCCCAACUUGAGGUGAUUUUCAAGAUUGCGGAGCACUUCCAGGCGAUCCUUCUUCUAGAUGAAGGCGAUGCCUUCCUGGCAAAACGCACCAGCCUCCACGAUAGCCAUAAUCGCCUGGUCACUGUUUUUCUGCGCAAGCUGGAAUAUUAUCCAGGCAUUCUUUUCAUUACUUCGAAUCGGGGUAUUGAUUUUGACGAUGCAAUUCGGAGCAGGCUUCAUAUGGAGAUUCAGUUCGAAGGAUUAUCGAAAGAGUCUCGCCGAGACCUUUGGAGCACCUUUCUGUCAAAAGCCCUUACUUUCCAGGGACCUGCUGAUGUUCAGGAGGAUGAGCUCCAGCUAUUAGCGUCUAAAGAUCUGAAUGGCCGAGAGAUCAAGAACAUUGUCGCGAUCGCACAUGCUCUCGCACAGGCGGAGACUAGUCGUGUCAGCUUUAAAUACGUCGAGCAAGCUGCUGAGUCGAACGAGAGAUUUUCUACUGAGUUUGGUAGCCAGAGCUCUGUUAUGGCGAUGUACACGUAA